AACCAUUAUCAUUACAGAAAAACGCAACCUCGCCUUUUGUUUUUUGGUUUACGAAAUUUGCUAGGGCAAAAUAACAGAAUCAGAAGUUGAAAAGAGAAGAGAGAGAGAAAUGGAGGGUGGAGAUGAAGCUCUGGAGAUGGUAGUUGACUCCAAAGACAUGCAACAGCAGAGUAAAGCCUUCGACAAACUCACUGACCGCGUCGAAGAUCGCCAGCUUGAUUCCACUCGCGUUCAAGAAGCCAUGGCUUCCAUUGCUGCUUCUGCUGAAGCCGAUUGGAAUGCCAUGCGCUUGAGGGAGAAAGAAUUAGCCGCUGUUAAGAUAAAUGCAGCAGAUGUUGAUAUAAUUGCAAACGAACUAGAGUUGGACAAAAAGGUGGCUGAAAGAACCCUGCGUGAGCAUAAAGGUGAUGCUGUUGCUGCCAUUCGUCAUUUGCUUCACUAGUGUGGUAGAAACAAACAAGGGAAUAUGAUCUGUAUUGGCUUAUAUUUACUAUUUUGCAUUGAAAUUUGAAUCUCAAAUGUAUACUAUGAUGAUGAUGAUAUAGUUCAUUAGAAAUCUGAACUAUGAUGUUGAUGAUAUUGGAAUAAGCCUCACCCCCUCAA